GCGCUCCUGCAGCAGAGGGCUGCUCGCUGCUGGAGCGACCCGGGCUUCCCCGGCUGCCUGGGCGCCUGGCGCCGCCAGCGGACAUCCCCCACCCCCCGACGUCGGCAGCAGGGUCGCCAGGAACCCCGGCGCAGUCGGUUGGUCCUUAAAUAAAACAGUAAUCUAUCCAGUAAAGGGCUUUCAUGAAGAAAUUAAUGAGAGAAAUUACAAGUAAGAGAGAAACUAGGAAUUGUACAUUGAAGAAACCACCUAAAACAACUGUAUGGAGUAAAACAAAAAGAGUGAAUACAUCUGGAAGAAAUUUUACUUAGUAUAUUUUUGCCCACCUUUUUGUCAUAAAGGCUGCUAAGGAAGAGAGAAUAUAGUUUUCUAGAGAAAGAACAAAUGUGAUGUAAAAAUGGAAACCAUGGUUUCUGAAAUUCAAGUUGAAAGCAGGGAUGAGAAGAGACCCACAGAAGUUAGUCCUCAAGAUGAGAGGCAGGAGGGAAGAUCAUCAGUGCUUUGCUUCAAGAGAAGAAAGAAAGCAACCAAAACAAUGAAGCCCAGAGCUAGCUCUGAAGCUGCUGGUACGGCAGGAACGCGUCCCCCUGAAGCAGGAGCUUCCGAUCAGCCACAGCCCCCAGGGGGGGCCUGGGCCUCAAUCAAACGUCUUGUAACACGCAGGAAAAGGUCAGAAUCUUCAAAGCAGCAAAAGCCCGUUGAGGCUAAAGUGCAACCUGAAAUCAGUGCUGAGGAUGCUGAUCUUUCUAAGAAAAAGGCCAAAUCUGGACUUAAGAUUCCCUGCAUAAAAUUCUCAAAAGGAGAGAAAAGAAGUAAUCAUUCCAAGAUUAUAAAAGACUCAGACUGCAGCAUCAGAGUCCAGGCAGAGGCUGAACAUGUGGAUACAAAAGCUUCGGCCCAAUCAGAUGAGCAGGCAACAAAAACGGAGUUGCCCCGGGAUGUAAGUAAAGACAGCUCCGGGAAGGGGGGUGAUGAGGUCUGCGAACCAAAUGUGAGCAACAGCACAACUACAGCUGGAGAAAAAGUGAUCUCAGUAGAACUUGGGUUAGAUACGAGACACUCUGCCAUUCACCCAGGAACAUUAAUCCUUGAAAGAGAUACGGAAAUGAUUGACGAAAAACAAAGUAUUCAACCCCAGCAAGCAAGCCCACUUGAAACUUCUGAAACAGAACAUCAGCCUCCAGUGGUUUCUGAGGUUCCUCCCUCACCCACAAUCCCAGAUCAGCAAAUUGUGGAAGAUGCCGGAAGCAUGAUCCUAGAAAGUGGACCAAAUUGGGAAGAGGACGAAAGUAGAGAGAUUGUAGCCAAAGAGAGUGAGCCAAAAGAUACUGAAUCGAGCCAGGAAUCAGAGCUGAAAGAAAAUGAGGUCACUGCAGAAGAACCCAAACCAGAAGAAAGCAAAAGAAUGGAGCCAAUUGCUAUUAUUAUUACAGACACUGAAAUCAGUGAAUUUGAUGUUAAGAAAUCUAAAAAUGUCCCUAAGCAAUUCUUAAUUUCAAUUGAAAAUGAGCAAGUGGGGGUUUUUGCUAAUGAUAGUGGUUUUGAGGGUAGAACUUCAGAACAAUACGAAACGCUCUUAAUAGAAACAGCUUCUUCUCUUGUCAAGAAUGCUAUCCAAUUGUCUAUAGAACAGCUGGUUAAUGAAAUGGCCUCUGAUGAUAAUAAAAUGAACAAUCUUCUACAGUGACUUAAUUUUCAGAUCAUGGGAGGGAAAAAAAAAAAAAGCUUCCUGCUAAAUUAUUUUGCGUAUUUGUGGCAUUUCGUAUUCAGUUACAAAUGAGAGGUUAUCAUCUGUGGAAUUUACAGGUACAGUUCCAGCCCGGAAGUGCUAAAGAAUUAAGUAUGUAAAACUCUCCUACCACAGAAGUGCAGUCACUUCUGGAUUUUGGAGGAAGUUAGUACAGAUCACAAUGGAAGUGACAUACGGGGAGUAGCUAAAAUGACAUGUGGAAGUUGGGGUGCUUAGGAGGAGGAAGCUGUAUUUAUUGAGCACUUAGGGUAUGCCAGAAACUCUUUAAUAUUCUCUGAUGUCACAAAGCCUGGUUUCCUUUUGAUAGUUUAAUCCUGUGUAUAGGUUAACAUCACAUUGGAUUUUCAAAAAAAAUUUUUUUACAGUGCACUUUUAUGUUUAAAAUGGUGAAUCAGGUGAGCUAUUUUUGUGAAUGUGUGAUUUACAGUUGUUAUACUCAUAGGCAGUAGUCUUACCUCAAAAAAAAAUAUUGCCUUUUCCUAAUUUCAGCAGAAUGUGCAUAUUUGAAUCAAACAUGAGUGUUUUUCUUGUCUUGCUUAGAUACCGUACAAAGCCAUUCAUAAUUUAUUUCAAAUAGGCCAAUAGUUACCAAGUGUAAAUGUGUGGAAAUGGGCCGUGCAUUUUCCCUCUCCGUCUUUCUGCCUCACGUCCAUUUCUGCAUGGGGUCAUCUGCUGAAAAGUUAGAGACAAAACCCAAAAAACUAAACAACAGCAACAGCAAAAACAGGAAGAGUGAAAUGCUGUUUUCCAUCCAGGAGAAGGCAAAUUGCCCAAGUAAAAUAUGAUCACAGAUAACAUAGGAUUCAUCUUGCAGGACUGCUUCUCUAGAGACCACUUUCAUCCACCUCUCCCCAAAGAGGGAAUUCAUAGCCAGCCUGGCAGUAAAAGUCGCAGGAAAUCAUAACAACUUAGUGAAAAUACUAUUCACUUUUGACCAAGAAUGAGCCAAGUUCAUGGUUGAAGAGAAAGUGAAAAAUUAUUGCUAAAGCACAUUGUAUUUUAAAUGUCAGUAUUCUCUCAUUGUGCCUAUGUGUCAACAGACACCAGUAACCUACAUUUUACAUGGAUUUUGAUAAAUAACUUUUUCAUCAGUAUGUUCAAUCCAGUUAAUCCCUUACCAAAAAAAAAAAAAAAAAAGAACUUAAUGUAACGACGAGAAGGGCUUAUUUGCAUUUUAUCUGGUUAUUUAAAUCAUCGAUCUCAUCAAUGAUUGCCAUAUUUUUUGAAAAAAGUAAUUCCAUUUCAAUCUUUCCUUGUGUGAAAUGGCCAUAAUACUAUAACACACUUCCCUACCUCACAGGUAAAGGUCCAAAUUGUAUAGUCCCCAUUGUCCAAACUGAGGGAUAGCAUGACUCUGACAGUAGAUGAAGUAUAAAGAGCUUUCCACUCGAGUUGCAAGGCAUUUGUUAAAGAGGAUUUGUCCAUUCUUGGAGAAAAGAGUGUACAUUAGAUGAUUGUAAAUGACCCGGUGACUUCUUGCAUUAUUUAUGGAUUACAUAUAGAAAGUAUGUGCUGAUUUGUCCUGUAGAACCUUCUUUGUUUCUUGCUGUGAGUACAUCUUGAGACCUCUGGCAGAAAAACCUAAUCUGACUUUGGAACUGAACCAAAUAAUGGAUAUUAUUAGCAAGAUUCUUUGCUGAAGUGCAAAAUUAGUCCCCCAGACUUUUCUACCUUCAUGCCUAUAACCUUGGGAGGAGAAACCCACAAAAAUCCUUCAAUUUAGCAACACAAAAGUGGGUUUUCAAAACAUAAGACCCAAGAAAUGAAUUUCUUUUAGUAGCAUAAUUUUCAAACAUAAAAAGAAGACUGCUAAGUCAUUCUCCCUAAAAAUACUCUUUUUCAUUCACUGUAUGUGGUGCUAAUGGACUUGGAUGGCUACCAGCAAAUAUAUUUAAAAGUGAAAAUUUUUAAAAAAUCUGACCAAAGUUCGUGCAUUUUACAGUGUUUUAAGGAAUCCUGUCUUCAUUUAUUGCAAGAAUGGCUCAAGCCAAUAUAUGUGCGUUGUAAGUUUUUCAGUAAUCUCUCAUGAAUGAACAAGUAUAGCACUUACCAGUGAUUGCAAAUAUUUUGGAAAGCUUAUGCAUAUUUGGAAGUUUUAAGAAGAGUUAUGAGAUAAAUAUGUGUAAUUAGUUAUUUUUGUUAAGAUAAGAACACUUUCUCUGGUCCUGGGUUUCUACUUUUUUUUUUUCCCCCACUGUGGUUUGAUACAUAUUUUUGGUUAGAAUGUAUAGUAUAACCGAUUGUUUUUUGUGAUAACGUGUGUAUCCUACCUGUAUUCAUUUUUAAGUGGUUCCUCCUUAAUCUUUUCUGUUGAAAGUAUCUGGUAAAUUAAAUAAAUAGGAUUUCAGUCUGAAAAAAGAAUCCAGAAAUUAAUUGGUCUCAGUCUGAAUAUACCUGCCACACGGCCAAAUCCUAUUCACAUGAAUUCUAAGGUGAUCCAGAUUGUUUUGUUAUAGAAGCAAGCAGGGAUCCAAUAACUUGGAAGUCUCUUAUAAAAUAUGUUUCAUUUCAAUAGUAUUUAUUUUAAGCAAUUGGACCUUAUAUGCCAGACAUUAAGUGAACAUAAAUAGGUCCCUAUUCAGUUCAUCCCCAUUUGACAUGAUUAAAAUGAUCAUUUAAAAGGCAGUUUAAUAAUACCGCAUUAAUUUUCAUUUAAAUUUGCUGUGAUAAAUGUUGCUUGUAAUGAACAUUUUAUUAAUUCGCUGGGAUUCAGUUCCCUUUGAACUCAGCAUUUUACAAGGUGGGUUGGUUUAUUGGAUACUUGUUAAUUUUUUCAGCGUAUUAUCUUCGCCCUUUUAAGAGCCAAGUGUUAUUCACUUUGCUUUACAACCCAGUGAAUAUGAAAACCCUCUUCUAUUUUAUGUAGCACUAGUCACUUAACAUUUUCUCAAAGUACUUUAUAGGAUAUAAAAAUAGUACUGGGUAACAUUUAAGUAAAGGUAGCAGAAAACAAAAGAACUUUCAAACAGAAAUUAUGUUCCCUGCCACCACCUCCACCUCAAAGAAUAAUAAGUAUGUGGCACUAAUGGGAUUCUUCAGAAAAGCUGUCUGCAUAAUUUUCUUUCAAGGUAAUGCAUUUGACAGCAUGAAGUUUGUGAUGAUCUUAAUUGUUCUACUAUUUAGUGGAAUCUGAGAAACCGUCGGAUUUAUUUCUGAGAGAUUAACUUAUUUUACCAGCGCCUGUGAAAAGCCAUACUGCUAAAGGUCGUUAAAGACGGGGGUCAUGGGAGGGCACCAGUCAAAUCUGACUUUUGCAUGCAAUCCAGAGUUCACUUUAUCAACGUUUCACUUCAAGUUGCCUUAUUUUUUAUAGUUAAAGAGUUAAUUUGCAGGGGGUGGGGUGGGGGUCCUACAGCAGAAUUUUUAAAAUAAUUGUUAGGCUUUAGAGUCCAUUGUUUGGAAAGAUCCUUUUAAUGUUAACUUUAUUCAGACAUGUAAAGUCUUCUAAUUUCAACUGAUACUCAAUACGUCAGGGGUUGACUUUUCUGCCUGCCAUUUGUACAUUUUCUUAAGAGUCCUUGUUUAUGGUUUCAGGUUCUUUAGGUUCAAAUUCCUAUGAGGUUUUAUCAUGUAACAUAAAGUUUCUUAUUAUACAGAAUUCAGAAUUUCAGUCAAUAGUACAUUUUGUGGUACAUUUUUGAAAAAAGUUCUUGUAAUCCUUAUUUAGUUACAAAAAAUUAAACAGAAGGAAGCUACAUAAAAUUUAGAUGUCCUGAUUAAAUUCAGUUUGGUUCAACAUGUGUUGGGUAUAACAUAUGCCCAACACUGUAAAGGAGACAGGCUCCCAGCCCUCCAAGAGCUCAAGCUAGGGAACGGCAACCAGAGGAACUAGGACCGGGAUUAAGGUUAGGAGCCACAAGCAAGGCAGCAUCAUGAGUGCCAUAGAGGAGAGAAUAAAGAGGAUGUGAUUAAUUCGUCUAGUGAGGGGAAGUUUGGUCAUCUAAAUACAGGGACAGUUUGAAAGCAUUCCAUUUCUAAAUAGUUAAACGGUUAUAUUCACUAUGAUUUGUGAACAGGUGCAGAAAAAAGCCUGCAUUAUGUUACAUAUUUAUAGUAGUUCUUUGUCUAUAAAAAUGUUAAGUGGAUGAGCUAUUAUGAAAGUAAAAAAUUCCAUUUUGUAAUUUCUUGUUAAAAUCAGUACUCUAUGACUGUGGAUCAGAUGCUAAUAUUUAAGAAAUACUCUGUAGAAAAAGAUUUCAACCUGAAUUAAUAUAUGUAUGACUCUUAAUAUAGAAUAAAUGUUAUAGUGGC